AUGAGGAAAAAAUGGAGAUUGGAGGACUUUCGAUUUAUCUUUUCCUGUGUGCUCUGGCUCCUUUUCAUAGAUGGAAGUAAAUCGGAACAAAUAAAACAUUCAGAGACAUACUGUGUCUUUCAAGAUAAGAAGUACCGUGUAGGAGAAAGAUGGCAUCCCUACCUAGAACCCUAUGGACUCGUUUAUUGUGUUAACUGUCUUUGCUCAGAGAAUGGGAACGUAUUAUGCAGCAGAAUAAGAUGUCCAAGCCUACACUGCCCUACCCCAGUGCACGUGCCACAGCUGUGCUGCCCACGAUGCCCAGAGGAUUCACUUUUCUCCAUAAGCAGUAAAGUCACUGGGAAAUCGUGUGAAUACAAUGGCACCACCUACCACCAUGGGGAAAUGUUUGUGGCAGAAGGGCUUUUUCAGAAUAGACAACCCAACCAGUGUGCUCAGUGCAGCUGCUCAGAAGGGAACGUGUAUUGUGGCCUGAAGACUUGCCCUAAAUUAACAUGCUCUUUCCCAGUUUCUGUUCCGGAGUCCUGCUGCCCAGUUUGCAGAGGAGAUGGAGAAUUAUCAUGGGAACAUUCUGAUGGGGAUAUCUUCCGGCAACCUGCCAACAGAGAAGCUAGACAUUCAUACCAUCGCUCCCAUUACGACCUGUCCCCCAGCUCCACUAGACAGGUGGUCAACGUUCCAAGAUUUUCCAGUGGCAGGAGUAACCGUGGAGUCCUACCUGACCCCCAGCAAGCUUCAGGAACUAUAGUACAGAUCGUCAUUAACAACAAGCAUAAGCAUGGACGAGUCUGUGUUUCAAAUGGAAAAACAUACUCACAUGGUGAAUCGUGGCAUCCUAAUCUCCGGGCCUUUGGAAUCGUAGAGUGUGUGUUGUGUACCUGCAACAUCACCAAACAAGAAUGUAAGAAAAUUCAUUGUCCGGAUCAAUAUCCCUGCAAAUCCCCUCAGAAAAUAGAAGGAAAAUGCUGUAAAGUCUGUCCAGGUAAAACGAAGAAUAGAGAAGAGAUGCCAAGUCAGAGCUUUGACAGCAAAGAUUACUUUUGUGGUGAAGAGAUGCUUCCUGUCUAUGAAUCUGUUUUCACGGAGGAAGGAGAAACCAUUAGAAAAAUCGCAGUGGAAACAGAAAAGCCACCUCAAAUAGAAAUACACGUGUGGACAAUUAGGAAAGGGAUUCUACGUCACUUCCACACUGAGACGAUAUCCAAAAGCGAAUUUGAAGAACUUCCCUACUUCAAGCAGAUAACAAGGACAACACUGAGCCAGUGGAAAAUAUUUAGCGAGGGAGAAGCUCAGAUCAGCCAAAUGUGUGAAAGCAGAGCGUGCAGGACUGAGCUGGAGGAUUUGGUAAAGGUUUUGUACCUUGAAAAGUCUGAAAAGGGUCACUGUUAA